AGUAUAUAUAUUCAAAAUACUAUCAUUUUAAGAUGUACUCAGUAUUAAAAGCUACUAAGGAAAUGCAUUUUCUUCAUGCUGUCUUCAAAAUUGAUGUAUUUUAUUUUAACCUUACAGAAUAUGCUGUUUAUAUAUAUAAAAACACAGUGCCUAUGACUGGAAUUGCUAGGCCAUAAGAUAUUCAAGGGACUUCCCAUGGGGCUCAGUUGUUAAACAAAACAAAACAAAACAAAACAAAAAUCUACCUGCCAGUGCAGGACAUGCAGAUUCUGUCUCUAGGUUGGGAAGAUCCCCUGGGGGAGGAGGAAAUGGCAACCCACAGUAUUCUUGCCUGGAGAGUUCCAUCGACAGAGGAGCCUGGCAGGCUACAGUCCAUGGGGUCGCACAAAGUCGACACAACUGAGCAUGCUCACAUGCACGAUAUUCAAAUGUUUACUUUUCUGGGUCAUACCAAAGUUUUUUACAGUGGUUGUGUUAAAUUGCAUUCUCACCACCUGAGUGUGAAAGUGGAAGUCACAUCAUCACAGUGUGUUCUUACAGUCUUGCAAGACAUGGCCCACGGACAUGGACAUGAACAUGGUCCUAGUAAAAUGGAACUUCCAGAUUAUAAACAAUGGAAGAUAGAAGGGACACCAUUAGAAACCGUCCAGGAGAAACUGGCCGCACGAGGACUAAGGGAUCCAUGGGGCCGCUAUAAUGACUAGCAUGGGCAAAGCUACACAACUGACCUGUGAUGGAUAGGCCAAGGUGAGUCUUGCAUUUGACAAUUCUGUAACAUUCUGAGUAUUAUGACUGUGAAAUAUGAAACCAUCAAGUGCUUUUUCUUGUAUUUCAUGAAAUGUGAGCAUAUAGAGCUACUUACCUUAUAUCACAGAACAAUUCCUGUUGUGAUCCACUUGAAUUAUCUUAUAUAAGGUAGCAUUUAAGUCUGUUAGAAAGGUGAAAAUCAAAUUUAUUUUACUUAAUGAAUAAGUCAUAUGUGAUUAUAAUUUUCCCCUUUUUUUUCCCCUCUAGCAAUGAAGCUUGGAGAUACAUGGGUGGCUUUGCAAAUAAUGUUUCCUUUGUUGGAGCAUUAUUAAAAGGAUUCAAGUGGG